AGAACCAAACUGUCAUAACAGAUUUCUGUUGGCGAUAAAUUCGAGCACCAACUGUCAAUUAGAAACAAAGAAACCAUUGUCCUAAUUAACAUAUUACUGAGCAGCUGCUGCAGAAUGCUUCAUUUUAAAAGCUUAAGAUUUUGCUCCUGAAGUAUUUUUGUAAAUCUUGUCGGCAGCGUUCCGGAUUCGAGCGGUGCUCUAAAUUAGCUGCAUCGUUUCUAAAACGAAAGCUGUUUACUGCGUUUUAGACUGAGAAAUUCGUCACGGUCACUACAAAAAGACAUGCAGCAGCUGUGUCUUAUUUCAGUUGCUUUAUUUACGAUCCAUCAACAUCGCUCACAGUUUCAAGUUGACGGAGGAUGCCCAGCAAGCGAAGAGAACGGAAAGCAGGACUGGCGUUUUGCUGUGUUUGAACGCAAAGAAAAAGGUAAAGCACUCAAAAAUCACGUUUUCGACUCGAAAAUUGUUCGUUCAGAAACGGAAUGUACUUUAACCUGUCUACUGAAUGCGCAGUGUGAAUCGUUCAACUUCCAAGACAACAGUGUGGGUGCCCGCCAUAUUUGCGAACUCAACGAUCAGACAAGAUUGACAAAAUCACAUGACUUACUGCCGCGAAAUGGUUUCUCGUACUACGGCUCUGAAUUGAAACCGUGUUUAAACGUGAUUUGUCAGAACGGUGGAACAUGCCAGCCAGUGUUUGACAGUAUAGAGGCCCCCUUCUGCUGUCAAUGUAAACAACGCUACGUGGGUCAACACUGCCAACAUCUUAAGGGUUUCCGUUUUACCGGUAGCAGUUCAGGAGAUCACGCUUCCGUCCCAGUCAAGGGAAACAUAGAGAUGACGUCAUUGACUGUUUGCCUUCGAUUCAAAGCCAGUCAAGUUGAAUAUGGAAUAAGCACCCCGGUGUCAUACGUCACCGGGGAUUUCACUGCUGCUUUGCAGUUUCUUGCAAAUAGAACGACAAGGGUUUAUGUUAAAGAUCAAUACAGUGAUUUUCUUUAUGUGUCUCUAUUGGACGAUACCUGGCAUCACAUAUGUUUCACGUGGGAAAGCAUUGGCGGAAAUCUCUCGUUAUAUACAGACGGACUUCUGAUUGGACAAAAGCAGAGUGUACAUCCGGGACUGACCUUAAACAGCACAGGGUCGUUGGUAAUUGGACAGCUUCAGAAAACCAUUGGCGGGCAAUUUUACUUGAAUGAAUCUUUUCUCGGAGAUGUUGCAGACGCGAAUGUUUGGAAAGAUGAGUUGACUCAGGCUGUUAUAGAGAAACAGUCAGAUGUUUGUUAUGGUCAAUGGGGAGACUUACUUGAUUGGUCUGUAUUUUCAAAUGGGUCGUUACAGUUUCACAAGGAAGCCGAUAGUAUUCCUUCAGAAUGUUCAGGGUUUGAUCCUUUGACAAACUACGAUCUCGAAUUUCCGAGGAAGACUGACGACGACUAUGUUCUGGGUCCCAGGCUUCCAGUGCUCUCGGCUUUCACUGUUAGUUUCUUUGUGAGCUUCACGCACCCAGGAGACAAAACCUACAUAAACUACUUUGGCAAGGGACACUUGAAUGAAAUAUUUAUUCACGAGAGAAAGAAGCACUUUACAGUUCGCAUCAGAUCAAAACCCAGGUUGCACAACUUCGUUGUUUCACCUGACGGUCUAUGGCACCAUGUUGCUGUGACGUGGGAAAAUAUCAACGGGACUUAUGAGAUAUUCGUGGACGGCCAGCUAAAGGAAAAAGGACACGGCCUGCAGAAUGGAGCCUUGAUCAGAAACGGGGGACACAUAAUUCUUGGAAAUGACAAAGAUAGUUCUGGUUUUCAAGAGAGAGACGCUUAUAAGGGAAAUAUUUCUCGAGUGAAUUUCUGGGACUACGUGCUUCCGAGAAAAACAAUUGUGUUACUUUCCAAACGCUGCGGGAAAGAAAAUGGCGAGUUAGUAGCUUGGAAGGACUUUAGGGCGGGAACUUUUCAUGGAGUGAUCAACAUCCGGGAGCCUUCAUCGUGUAAGAGGCUCCAAUGAGAAAAGAGGCACGUGCGAUACCGGCCGGAUUUUAUAAAUCUGCCUUGUCUCAAGGAAAUUAUCUGUAAAAUCUAAAAGUACAUAAGUAUGCGAUGUCUCAUCAAAAGAUGACGAAACGAAAAAUGUCACGCUUGUAGAUCAUGUCAUGUCGGACAAAGGUUACCCGCUGAGUAUCCAGGCCUUGUGUUCAAGAAGCCACGAUAUCAACUCUUCGUUAAUUAUCGCACAAGUUCACCACGGUCUAAUAUUAUUUUUAUUAGCUACAGGUAUUGCGACCUUUUAUGAAUUUAUGGGACACGGUUAAAAACUUUAAAAGAACUUGACACUUACGCCCUGGCGCGAGUGCAAGUAUAGACUGUUUUUAUUGGUUCAAUUUCAAACUUUGGUUAUUGGUUCAGGUUUAAACUUGGUCUGAAACCUGGAACAAGUCGUAGAGGCAAAAGAAACUGCAGUAAGCUUUUUUUAUAUACCAUUAACGCUCUAGUAAACAAUAAUGAUACUGAAAGUGAAGAAUGAUCAUCGCAUUCUUCACUUUCAUCUACAACCGCAGUUCAUAUAUGAAUUAUUUCAUAUAAACUUCACAAUAAUGAUACUAUUAUAAUAAAAUACUUCUUAAGCACCAUAAUUCAGAAAGUGUAAUGGCGCUCUUUGAGAUGCGUCGAUUAGGAGGGUGGGGUGGGGUGAAGGCGAUUAUUUCAAAUGGAAAUUGAGCUGGACAUAUGUUAAUAGCAAGUGUUAAAUUGUAGACACAGGUAGCAAUAAGACAAGGUUGCAACGAUGGAUGAAUGACUCAAAAAGCAGUCCUCCAUUUCUUGAUCAGAAACUGCUCGACGUUUAAAUGCCCCCGUUUAAAUGACAGGUGAAAAAUUUUAGGGGAGAGAUGAAAAUGCCCAAACUGAUAACUUCUAUUCAACUGACAACUCGCAAAUGGCUUGUCACCAUUUUAACAGACAACUCAUAAAUGGCCCAAAACCUUACUAAAACGGACAAUUUGACACAGGAUUCUUCUAAAAUGAUAAAUGCUUAAUCUAUGGGAGUGUAAACCGAGUAUAUGUAGAAGUUCUAAGGGCAAAUUCAAAACGCCAUUUGGAGAAAUAUCACAUGCAAAUUCUAGCAUAACACGUGACGUUCAAAUACCUAAAGAAUAAUAAAUGAAAUUAAACGUCACACUUAUGACCUCAGGAUGGGCAUGCGCAAAAGAUGUCAAGUAGAACAAGAAACUGCCAACCAGUUAGUCGCUUCAAAGAAAGUCGAACACAUUUCCCCUCUAUACCGGCGGGAAAAAAACAUUCACAAAGAGAGACCCUUUGCAUGAAUGGGGCCUAACUUUCAAUAACAAUACUUAAUACAUCUUUAGCCUGGUACUGAUGUUUCCAGACAAAGGAUUUUUCACAUGAAUGUGAGGCUUAGGAAGUAUAAGUAUUGUUAUUCAAAUUUAGGCGCAAUUUAUGCAAAGGGUCUU